AUCUUGCAACAAUAACACAACAUUUCAACACAUUUGCCUACCAUUUCUUCUCAUGGCUAUACAAUCGUAUUCCUCUUCUUCGUCCUCCUUCUCUUAUGAUUACACCUACGAUGUCUUCAUUAGUUUUAGAGGCCCUGACACUCGCUUUGGUUUUACUGGCAAUCUCUAUAAAGCUCUUUCUGACAAUGGAAUCCGAACUUUCAUUGAUGACAAGGAGCUUCAAGGAGGUGAAGAAAUCACAGCUUCACUCCUCAAGAACAUCGAAGACUCGCGGAUUGCCGUAAUCGUCUUUUCUAAGAACUAUGCUACUUCUUCAUUUUGUUUAGACGAACUUGUCCACAUUAUUCACCACUUCAAGAAAAAGAAUCGCCUUGUUUUGCCAAUUUUCUAUGGCACAAAACCUUCUCAUGUGCGACAUACGAAUCACAGCUAUGGUGAAGCACUUGCUAAGCAUGAAAAGAAGUUCCAACAUAACAAGGAAAACAUGAACAGGUUGGAGGAAUGGAAGAUGGCUCUCAACCAAGCUGCUAACCUCUCAGGUUACCAUUUCAAUCUUAGGAAUGAAGAAUAUGAAUAUGUGUUUAUUAACAAGAUAGUUGCAGAGAUUUCCAACAAGAUCAAUCGCGUCCUUUUACAUGUUGCCGAUCACCCUGUUGGGCUGGAGUCUCGACUACUGCAGGUAGAGUCGCUUCUAGAUCUUGCUUCUGAUAAUGGAACAUGUGUGAUUGGGAUAUAUGGAAGUGGAGGAUUGGGUAAAACAACACUUACUCGAGCUGUUUAUAAUUUGAUUGCUGAUCAAUUUGAAAGUUUGUGUUUCCUUCACAAUGUUAGACAAAAUUCAAUUAAAUAUGGCUUAGAAUAUCUCCAAGAGCAAUUACUCUCCAAAUCAAUUGGAUUGAACAUUCACCUAGGACAUGUUAAUGAAGGAAUUCCAAUCAUAAAGCAAAGGUUACACCAAAAGAAAGUUUUGUUGAUUCUCGAUGACGUUGACAAACUAAAGCAGUUGCAGGUUUUGGUCGGGGAGCCUAGUUGGCUCGGACCUGGAAGUAAAGUCAUCAUUACCACUCGAGACAAAUAUUUGCUACAAUGUCAUGGGAUUAAAAGAAUAUAUGAAGUAGAUGCAUUAAAUGAGGAAGAAGCUCUUGAAUUGUUUAGGUGGAUGGCUUUUAAAAAUAACAAGAAUGAUUCAAGUUAUGAUCAUAUUUUAAACCGUGUAGUUAAAUAUGCUUCUGGCCUUCCAUUAGCUUUAGAAGUAGUGGGUUCCAACUUGUUUGGAAAGAGUGUAGUAGAAUGGAAAUCUACAUUAGAUAAGUAUGAAAGGAUUCCACAUGAAGAUAUCCAAAAGAUACUUAAAGUAAGCUAUGAUGCUUUGGACGAAGAACAACAAAGUGUCUUUUUGGAUAUUGCUUGUUGCUUCAAAGGGUGUGGAUUGGCAGAAGUUGAAGAGAUACUUCAUGGUCAUUAUGGUCAUUGCAUACAAAGCCACAUUGGAGUGUUGGUUGAUAAAUCUCUCAUUAAGAUUAUUAGUGUGCCUUGGUGGGUUGAUAAGGUUAAAGUGACAUUACAUGACUUAAUAGAAGAUAUGGGUAAAGAAAUUGUCCGACAAGAAUCUCCCAAAGAGCCUGGCAAAUGCAGUAGGUUAUGGUUUCAUGACGAUAUAGUCAAUGUUUUGAAAGGAAACACGGGAACUAAUAAAAUUGAAAUGAUAUAUCUGAAUUGCCCCUCCAAGAAAUUCAAAAUAGACUGGAAUGGAGAGGCCUUUAAGAAGAUGACAAAACUCAAAACACUUAUCAUUGAAAAUGGUCAUUUUUCUCAAGGUCCCAAGUAUCUUCCAUGUACUUUGAGAGUAUUGAAAUGGAAUAGAUAUCCUUCCAAGUCUCCACCUUCUAGUGCUUUGAACAAGGAGUUCAAGAAUAUGACAAUUUUGAAAUUUGACAAUUCUAAAUACUUAACAAAUAUACCCAACGUCUCGUGCCUACCAAAUUUAGAAAUUUUUUCUUUCAAAAAUUGCAAGAAUUUAACUACAGUUCAUGAUUCUAUUGGGUUCCUUACCCACCUUCAAAUCUUGAAUGCAGAGAAUUGUGACAAGCUACUGAGUUUUCCACCCUUAAAGUUGAUUUCUCUUUUAGAGUUGGAACUUUCAGGUUGUACAAAUCUCAAUAAAUUUCCAGAAAUAUUGGACAAGAUGGAAAACAUCAAAGAGAUUACUUUGAUAAAUACUGGCAUAAAAGAAUUUCCAUUUUCAUUUCAAAAUCUUACCGAACUUUAUGCCUUAUUUAUAAACGGACAUGGAAAACUCGGGUUGCCAAGUAGCAUUCUCAUGAUGUCAAAUUUGUUGUAUGUUAACAUUAACGGUUUUAGUCAAUUAUUACCAAAACUGAAUGAUAAACCGGGUUCCAUGUUGCCGAUAUCAAAUGUCAAAGCUAUUUUCCUUGAAACAAGCAAGCAUGGAUUUCUAAACAUAGCUCUCACAUGGUUUUCUAAUGUGGAAUUUUUAUUUCUAUCGCGUAGUAAUAUAAAAAUUCUUCCUGAAUGCCUAAAAGAAUGCCACUUUCUAAAGAGCAUUGAUUUGGAUGGUUGCAAAUAUCUUGAGGAAAUCAGAGGGAUUCCGCCAAAUCUUAAAACAUUGUCUGCAUUUGGGUGCUAUUCAUUGACUUCGUCAAGUAAAAGCAUGCUAGUGAGUAAGGAACUGCAUGAGACUGGAGGCACAAAGUUUUAUUUUCCAUCAUCAAGAAGUGAUAAGAUUCCGACAUGGUUUGAGCACCAAAGCAGAGAGCCGUCAUUUUCUUUUUCAUUCCGUAACAACCUCCCUUCCUUAGUUUUCAUCUUUUCUUCGAAACAAAUGCACGAAUGGGGUCUCCACAAAGGAGAUGUUGAUCCUGUAUUAAGAGCCAACUUAUACAUCAAUGAUAAUGUGUAUUCUCUUUUUGACUCUAACUAUGGUUUCAAUUUCGACAUGAAACCUUAUCAUACAUAUCUAUUAUCUUUUGAUAUGCAAUACUGGUUUAAAUCGCAAUCCCUAAACGACCAUCAACUGGACGAAUCACUUAUGAAAAAUGAAUGGAUUCAUGCUGAAGUUAGGUUUGGGUUUGUGGAUAAGAAUGAAUAUGGGGAUGAUGAGGAUGUUGUAGAUUUGGAUGAUGAGUAUGUUGUAUAUUGUGGAAUCCAUGUAGUCAAACAUUUACCUAGCAUGGAUGAUUUUCAAUUCACUGAUUCUUCCUUAUACAGUGAGAGAAAUUUAGAUGAAUAUCUCAGUGAUUUAGCAUCGCUUUUUUACUAGCGAGAUGUUUACAACUUCUUCACGGAAGUCUUGAAGGCAACAAAUCACGAAUGAAAUAUGGAUAGAUCAUAGCAGGGCUUUGUGGCUGCAACAUCAUGAUAUGCAAUUAGCAAUUUUUGUUUUACAUGAUCACGAUGGAGUUUUUUUAAAUCUGAUCGACAUACCAAACUCAAAAUCUGAUAGGAUUUGUGGCUGUAAAAUCAUAUGAUAUAUGCAAUUUCUUAGAAUUCAUUUUUGGGCCUAACUCAUUCUUACAAAACCAGCUUGUAAAGUGAGGAUUGCCUCUAGUUUAUAAACAAU